UUCUGUAUUUACAAGUGUCAGUAAUGGAUCGGAGUAGUAUAUAGGACAUUUGAACGAGCACACUUACAGGUAUGACUUCACCAUCGUUGAUUGUCCAAGUACAAAAAAAAUUUGGGAGCUUCCAGAGCGAUUGCUAUCGAUAGGCUCAAAAACCGCCGGAGAAAACUACGGGCGGCGACAGAGACCACCGGCCGCAUUCCCCACCGCCUACCGUUCCUCCCCCCCAAACAUCCAACGUAACUACUCCCCGAAGUACCAGCUCGAGGCAGAGACAUUCGAUUCAAUCAUUGCAUUACCACGGUUAAAUAAACAACUGAAGGAGUCAGACAAAAUUUAGAUAUUCUGCUACGGUUUAUGGUCCUGCCACCAUGCUUCUUCUCGACUACCACAACGUUCUCAUCCAUGCCCUCCUGACGGAGCGGUUCUCAGGAGCCCCGCCAGUUUCAAUCGACCAGAUUGCCUCAGACUUCGACGGAGUUACCUUCCAUCUUUCCACCCCCGAAUCUAAGACUAAGAUCCUUAUCUCCAUCAACGUGAAAUGCUUCCGAGAGCUCGUCCAAUAUGGUGCCCAACAGGUGCUGGAGAGGGAAUACGGCCCAUACAUCGUCGCCCCCGAACCCGGCUAUGACUUCUCGGUCCUUAUUGACUUGGAGAACCUCCCCGCGGAACAGGAAGCCAGAGAUGAUCUCAUAAUGCGACUUGCGCUGAUGAAGCGGAAUGCAAUGGCUGCCCCGUUCGAGAGAGCUUUCGAUGAUUUCGCCAAGCUAUCGGAAGAAGCUUCAAAAUACAGCACAGAGGCGGCCCCCCAGGGUGUUAAGGAGGGAGGAGAAGUUAUGGCAAUCCACUAUCGGGAGGAGGAAGCUAUCUACAUCAAAGCCAGCCAUGACCGAGUUACAGUGAUCUUCAGCACAGUCUUCCGUGAAGAGACAGAUCGUAUCUUCGGCAAGGUAUUCCUCCAGGAGUUUGUCGACGCCAGGCGCCGCGCCUUGACUCUGCAAAAUGCCCCUCAAGUCCUUUUCCGAAAUGACCCUCCGCUUGAAUUGGCCGGUGUGCCUGGCCUGAAGGAUAGCGGCGAGGGCCAGACCAGCUACGUUACUUUCGUUCUCUUCCCCCGUCACUUGACCCCUCAGCGCCGCUACGAAAACAUCUCCCACAUUCAAAUCUUCCGGGAUUACUUUCAUUACCACAUUAAGGCCUCCAAGGCAUACAUCCAUACCCGUAUGCGCAAGAGGACAGCCGACUUCCUCCAGGUCCUCAACAGAGCUCGGCCAGAGAACGAGGAGAGGGAAAGGAAGACGGCCAGUGGCCGGACAUUCCGGGUCCAGAGUUAGGCGUAUUGUAUAUUUUGUUUCUAGGCAGAGCCGGAGGUGCAACAGCAAGCCGCAAUGUGAUUUAUUCGGAAUGUAUAGACUGCAACAAAACACUUUUUACUAUUACCCCUUCACCUACCUAUAUGACAUUCCAUUAGCCUGUAAAAUAUCCACGGGUACAAUUAUCCAAAACGCAGAUAACA